AGCGUGGAAGGAAGUUAGUUUGGUCUUUUUUACGUUACUACAGUUCUGAAUGUUAAGCUCUGUUUACUGCUUCCGUUUGCUCAGACGUGGUUGUAUGCGACCCUUUCGUUUUCAAGCCUCGAUCGAUAUCUCACCUAUCUGCUGCUCAGUUUUUCAGAAAUGAAAUCACCUAGGGUUGUCCCAAAGUUGUGAAGAUCCAAAGCUUCUCGUGCCAGACGCCUCUGCGGCAAACAUGCCGCCGGCGGAGAGUGACCAACCUGCGCAUUAAUACGCAGCGGUGGUAAAGGAGUCACUCCCAGGAAGACGGUUUCACUCUCAACCGAUCUUUUUUUCCGAUGCGGACCUCCUCGAUAUCCCGGCCAAACCGCCUGGUAGAUUUAAAGGUUUUCCGGCAGAUUCUUUUUCUGAUGACAACACCCAGGUGAUCUCUUCUAAAUUCCUUGAUCUAUUAUAAUCCAGAUUUCUUUUUCGUUGCCUAUUUUCAAUCUGUUUUGCCAAAUCUUCCGGUUUUCUGUGCUCUGGGUUUGACCAUCCCAAAUCAAAAUGUCCCCGGGGCCAAAAUAUUUCGGGCCCUAAACCGAUGAUGCUACAAUUGGCUGAGGUAAUCUGUGUUACGAAUGAGAUUGUUUCUGCCCCAGUUGAUGCCUCAUUCACUCUCCCUUUUGUUGAUCAGGAUACUGGAGUGACUGGUUUUAAGACCAGUUUACUUCAUGUUGUUGAUGCCUCAAACCUUACAGAUUGUGCCACAGUUAACCUUAAAUAUGCUGCUGCCUUAGCCCCAGCUCAAGCUCUUGUUGCUUCUGAUGAAUAUGCCCCUAAUGUUGAUCUUUUUACUUCUGUUAUCUCUGAUCUCCCUCAAAGUGAGGCCCCGGUUGUUGCUUUUUGACUGCAGGAUGAUAUAGGUGUUAAUUCAGUGCAGGUUGAUACCUAUAAAGUACCUACUUAUAUCACUCACAGUGAGGACCCGAUGGUUUCCCUUUCACUCCGGGAUGCCCCUGAAAUACAUGUUGUUAGUCCAAAAAGCCCCUAAUGUUGAUGCCCUUAUUGAUGCUGCUGUUACAGCCCCGUCUGUAACAGUUUCUGUCCCUAAUGACGCCCAUGUUACGGUUUUGGAAUUCCCAUAACCUCCCCCUAUGUAUGAUGUUGUGUUUACUUUUGAUGCCCCAACAAUCCCGAUUAAUGCUUACUAUGAUGAAAAUAUGAGGCCUCGGGUCAACUUGUUUGAGAAAGUAGUCAAUGUGGCAGAUUCUGUGUUUGCCUCAGUAGAUACCCGGCUGCUACCAUCAGCCAUGUAUCAUGUUGCCUUUGAGCGUGAAGAACCCCCGGUGGCCACCUGUAACAAGGCGGUAACCGAGGGAAUUGGCCAUCUUUUGGUUAAUUGUGACAGUCCGGCCCAAACAGGAGAUGAUUAGCUUCUCUCUGAUCCACCAACUGUAGAUGCUACACUUACCCCACACAGGUCCUGUGAUGAAAUCUUUUCUGAGGACAAGAAUACAAACACUUUUUUUUUCCUAAUUCUGUUUCAGGUCAUUAUCCUCCUCCUGUCGAUGAGGAACACUUUGAAGGCUAUACGCAAGUUACAAGAAUAAGAAACAAAAGCAUCGGCUCGCAAGUUCAUCCGUAAAACUUGCCUUUUCUCGUUUCUUUUGUUGCUUUGCUUAUAAUUUUCACAUCUGGAUCCUCAUGUGUGAAGCUAGAGGAACAUGUUUGAUACCCACUGGCUUCAGUCACUUUUGUAUGCAGUUUUUGGCGCUGGGAUGGUAAUUUCUUCUGCUCUCCGUUUUGUUUUUCCAAUCUUUGAUUAUUAUCCCCCCCCCCCCCCCCCCGUAAAAUCUGAUGUGACAAUCUAAAAAAUAUUCUUAGAUUUUUUCUAGAAUUUGUCUAUCAUUUUGUUAGUGUGACUUUCUCUAACAUUCUUUUUACCUUUACCUAGCAUUUUCAGAGACCAUAGUUAAUUACAUCCAGGUUUCAACUAUAAAUCUAAGAAAUUCAUCCAAUAAGAAAACCCUGACUCCUUUUCCAUUUUUUUGCAGUUACACAAGUGAGGGAUUGGGUAUCUAUGUUCUCAAAGAGGUUUCAUCUGGCACAAUUGAGAAUUUCAUCAAUGGUUCUAAAGUAGCUACUAAGGUAAAAAAACAUGUUGUUGCUGUUGAUAAAAUUGAGAGGGACCUAAUUCUUCUUGGAGCCACAACCAUUGAUGAUACACUUUAAAAGGGGGUUAUAACCAAUCUUACAACUUUUUCAUUAUUAAUUACAUAGCAUCCUAUAGUGAUGAUUUUUUCAUCCUUCAAUGAUCAAAUGCACACUUGGUUUCUCUUCUUGUGUAGGUCCCUGAAUGCAUCAACAAACUCACAGUUGCUGCGAUAAAGUUUUGGGUUUUAUUUGGUGAUAAGAUGGAGACAGCAAUCAAUAUUGGGUAUGCCUGCAGUUUACCAAGACCAGGCAUGAAGCUGAUGCUUACUACUCUGGAUUCUCCACAAAAAAUUACUUUGGAAAGUCAAGAAGAAAAGGACGGUGGGGUAUAUAUCGUAGAUGUAUUUUCAUAUUAAUCCAUCACUUUCAUCUUUACAAUGCUCAAUCUUCAUAGGAUUUAAGAAGGGUAACAACGCAAGUAAAUGACGGAAUGUGUCGAAUUGAAUCAAGUACGGAAUUGGUUGGUUUAAUUAUAGAUGGAACUGAACUAUCUUUUGCUCUCAGAGAGUGUAUGAAGAAGCUAUUUUUGGACCUUGCAUUGAAAUGUGCAUCUGUUAUAUGCUGUCUCUCUACACCUAAACAAAAAGCUCUUGUAACAGCAUUGGUGAAAGGAAGUGGUGGAAAGACACUGGCAAUUGGUUAUGGGGCUGAUGAUGUCAGCAUGCUUCAAGAGGCUGAUGUUGGGGUUAGAGUAAGUUGGGUUGAGGGGAUGCAGGUCUUUGUUUAUUUCCUUUCACAUUUAAACUUUCCAUGUGACUCGAGUGUUGAACAGAAAGAAUCUGGCUUGGCGUUUUUUUAAAAACAUUUAGGUGUUCCAAAAGUCAAGUUUUGCUUACUGGUUUUUAGGAAAGGGGUUAUUUCUGAUUUUCUGUAUGCUUAUCGUGGCAUCUUCACGACGAUUUUUACAUCCAAACUUGCUAUUUUUUGUUUGUAUCCUUAAAAACGAGAUGGUGGUUGGUUUCAUCCUUUCCUUCUAUUUGUACUUGGUUUUGUAACUCAAAAAUAUAUCUUAGAAUUGUGUCAGAGAGCUGCGUGUUCAGGGUAUUCUAUCCAUGAAUAUGCUCUAAGUAAAUACCAAAAAAAUGAAGCAGAGUUACUUCCAAUAAGUAUAAGGAAUACAGCAAGGCAUUUAAGGAUUUAAAACAUUUUGAGGAUAAAAGUUUAUCUUUGCAGGACUUACUUUUUGUUCCUUUGUAAACUUGUUUGCUAGGAAAUUAUUGAGAACAGUAUGUUAUCACCUUGACAACUUAUCUUGUACUUAUCCGAUUAUUCGUCUAUUUAUGUUUAUAUGCAUAUUACUGCCUUACCUAUAUGCAUCGGAGUGGUCAAUUUUUUCCUUUCUUACUUAUACUCCGUAUUUUUCUUACCUCAACAUCCCAGAUUCAUUUGUAUGCUUGUUAGUCACCUUUAAGCAAUUGUUAGUCCUGAUUGGAAGUGCCAAAUCCACCACUGUGGAAGGCUUGAUACCGGUCAAUUUACAUUUUCACUCUUUCAGUCAGAUGUCUCACAUGUUUAGCAUUUUCAUUUCACAUGAGGCACGUUUUUCUCCUCAUUCUUUUUUCUUGUUUUCGUGUAUUCGUGUGGAGGAGUGAUCUCGUAUUAUCUUUUCUCAUUCUUUUUUCUUGUUUUCUUAUCUUUUUUUAUUUUAUCAUUUUUAGGUAUAUUCAUUUCUUUUUAUAUUAUCUUUUUCAUAAUAGCUUAUCUUUUUAUCUUUAUUUUCUUUCUUUUCCUUUUGGUGGUGAUAUCAUGUAUCGAUUCAUGUUAGCCGACCCCAAUAUCUUUUGGGACUAAGGCUUGGAUGUUGUUGUUGUUGUUAUUGUAUGAGGCAUGUUUUUUGCUCAAAUUGUCAGGACACAAUUGUGGGUGUUGUUUUUAUUAAGAAUUAUUCCCUCAUUUACUGCUUGGUUGUUUCGAGUAUUUGCUAAUCACAUAUUCAUAGUCUUAGUUUUAAAAGCUUAGUUUGCAGAAGUAGGCAGUUCUCUUUUCUUUCCCCUUUCUUGCUUUGCAAUUUUAUUUUAUUUUAAGGGAUUCAUUUCUCACAAUUUUCAAAAUAUUAUUUGAAUUUUAAUAAACCAUUACUUGUGAGCUUGCACCCUCUCCUAGAUUUUAUUUCACUUCCUACAAGCCUCAACUUAAUAUUGUUUUGUCUGUUUUUGUAGCUCAAACAACUAUUGAAUUUGGAAUACUUUAAGGUAUUAUUGGCAUGGCAAACUCCAUCUUCGGAGUCUCAUUCGUAGUGAAAUCAUUAUUUCUUAUUAUCAUUGGAUUCACUGUUGACAUCUUUCGCAUCUACUCUACUAAGUCUAUUGAUUUGGAAGAGCGUUCCUGGUUUUUUUAUACUAUCAAUACAACUCUUUUGUUCAUAAUCAUAAUUGUAGAAAAUUGAGAUUGUGAUGAAUAUUUACUAAAUAAAAAUGAUGCUUCAUCCAAGACGAACAGUAACUUCUCACUGUAAUUGUUUUA